AUGGCGUCUCGAUGCGGCGCCUCCGCCGCGGCGACGGCGUCGCCGCGUCGACGCGCGACGCGCCGCGACGCGCGGGACGUCCGCGCGCCGUCCGCGUCGAGGAGGUCGAGCGAUCGCGCCUCGACGACGACGACGACGACGACGACGACGACGACGACGACCGACGACGCGCUCGGCGCCGCCCCGGCGUGGGCGCUCGCGUCCAACAACCCGCCGCUGCGAGGAAACUUCGCGCCGGUGACGGGCGAGCUCCGCGAUCCGCUCCGCGACCUGCGCGUCGACGGGACGCUCCCUCCGUCCGUCAGCGGCGUCUUCUUGCGGAACGGUCCCAACCCCGCGCGCGAACCGCUGCUCGGGGCGGACCGGUACCACUGGUUCGACGGCGACGGGAUGGUGCACUGGGUGCGCUUGGACGCGACGACGCAGCGCGCGUCGUACGGGCGGAAGUACGUGCGCACGCGCGGGUUCGAGCAAGAGGAGGCGGCGGGCGAGGCGAUGUACACCGGACUGCGCGACAUCAAUCCGAUCUGGCGCUCGAAGAACACGGCGAACAACGGCCUGAAGUACCACGCCGGACGGUUGCUCGCGACGUACGAGAGCGGCUCCGCGUACGAGCUGGCGUUGACGCCGGAGCUGACCACGACGGGACUGUGCGACUUCGGAGGGACGCUCGGGACGAAUGACUUUUGGCUCGAUAACAUGACCGCGCACGGGAAGACGUGCGCGGAGACGGGGGAGAUGAUGUACAUAGGAUACAACCUCAUCGAUAUCAACGCGGACGGGAAGACCGAAGUCACCGUCGGCGUCGUCGACGCGGAUGGAAAACGUGCGCGCCGCGUCUCCGUCCCGGUCGCGCGUCCGUCGAUGCAGCACGACGUCGGCAUCACGCGCACGCGCGUGGUGCUCCUCGACGGCCCGCUCGUGUUUAAUCUGAACCGGGUGAUGGACGGCGGGCUGCCGUUCGCGUUCGAGGGCGAAGAGACCAUGCGGAUCGGAAUCCUCCCGCGGAAGGGCGCCGCGGACGCGUCCGACGCGGUGUGGAUAGACACCGAGGAGCCGUGCUACGCGUACCACGUCGUGAACUGUUACGACGAUCCGACGGACGCGAAUAAGGUGAUCGUCGACGCGUGCAAGGCGGACGGGACGAACGCGUUGGGGAUGGCGCGCGGGUUCGAUAAGGACGCGCCGAACGGUUACGCGGUCACCGACGCCGGGUUCGUCGCGGGCGUCGACCGCGACCGCCCGAUCGAAGCGGGCGCGGUCAUCGACUUCCCGUGCGUGUCCCCGCGCGUCGUCGGCGGAGAGCACCGGUACGCGUACAGCGUCGGGUACCGCCGCGGCACGGAGCCGAAGGACCGCAUGGACAUCCCGUCGUUCGACAGGGUGACGCCGACGACGUACGAGCUCGGCGACGACCGCGCGUGCGGGGACAUCCUCUUCGUCCCCGCGACGGACGCCGACGACGCGGAGGAGGACGACGGUCACGUCCUCGUGUUAACGCACGUCAUGGAUGCGUUAGGUAACUCGACGCGGACGGAGCUGAUCGUGUUGGACGCUAAGGACAUGACGCCCGCGGCGACGGUGCACGUGCCGACGCGGGUGCCGUUCGGGUUUCACAACGAGUUCGUCCCCGCGGACGCGCUUCGCGGCUGGGACGCGUGA